GUUAGCGAUAGUUGUUCGACUGGCUGACAGACAGACACAACAGAGCGGCUUAAACUCUGUCUCAUUACUAACAGACCGGCCAUUUGUCUCACCUGCUUUAUCCGUUAAUCUUAGUGUGGUGGCCUCGGCGCUUCAAUGAGAGCUUUCUGACUUUAUAUUCUGACUUUAUGUCAGAAUAAACUGAGGUUUCUUUAAAGUCUCCACCUGUUAUUUGCUACAUCGAGGGGCUAAAGGGAGCUAACGUGAACGUUUCGGCUGCUAGCGCUCAUUAGCUGAUUGUUUUAGUUUCUCCUCCUGCUGAACACCAUAACAAGGUAAGUUAAUUUAAUCUAAUUUAUUUUCUUUAUAUUUUUAAGACAUUACUGAAGAACUUGUGUGCUUGUUCUCAACAGUUGGGGCGGCUAAUUGUUCGUAUAUUCGAUGUUAAACUUACGCACAUCCCGUUAUUAUCGCAGGUUAAAGUUGUUAAAUAGGAACAUCAUGGACACUAUGAAGUAGUUUAAGUAACUGAUAAAGGUUUGUGUUUAUUAAGAAGUGGAUUUAUAAAUGCCGAGGAUCCCAGUAUUAAAAGCUCAGGGAGGGUCUUUGUGUUUGUAUAGACUUUGGCGCCCCCUAUGGGCAAAGAGGCGCCUCUGACCUACAGCUGAUCUUUUCUUAUUAGUUAAAAGUUCAAAAAUAAAGAAAUCUCACCCUGCUGUUUUACAGUCAAAUGUAUCAGUCAUCAUUUGCUUUGAAAAAGUAUAAAUAAGCUUUAUUUCCAACAUGUUGGGAGUUGACUCGCCUGGACUAGCUCCCUCACAUUAAUCGCAGCCAUUCAAAAUUAUAAUAGAGAAUAUGUAGAUCUUUCUUAUUUGCUUUGUUAGGUCUUACAACUGGCAGAUCAGUGUGUUUAAUGACCAUUUAAAACCUUCACUUCUAAAUAAAAGUAUUUGUUUUAAACCCAAUAAUGAGCUACACAGAUGUUAUUAAAGAACGACACCAUGGUGUUUAAGAUACUCGACACUUGUUUACGUGUGACAUGAGUGCCGCUGUGUGACACCAGCAUCAGGGCAAGAGAGACUAGUGAUAUAAACACCAACCCUCUAAGGCAGACCUGGGCAUUUAAGGGCCACAUCCGGCCCUUUGGAUGUCCCUGCCCGGCCCUUCGUGAGGUCAGGCAAUCAAAUCACCGACAUGCAAGUGUGUCGCUUUUAUUUUGAAAACCUAGCCUUGUUUUAUUUCCGGUUGGACGCAUGUGAGUACAUCCUAGUUCUGCAUUCGUGAACAGAGACAAGUUAAAACAUCGGCAAAAUAUACGUAGACGCCUUAGAGUUGCCAAGUCAACUUAUUAUAAACGACUUUAAGCUUGUUUCUCUGAGAAGUCGCUUGUAAAACUCGUGAGUGGCAGAUGUGCUUCUUAGUUAUCGUUGGUUCGGCCCUCCAACACAGUUCAGGUUUCUCAUGUGGCCCCAUGUGAAAAGUAAUUGCCCACCCCUGCUCUAAGGGGUUCUCCGUCUCAGCUGAGUUUGGUCUUGUCUCGGUCCUCCAAAGGUCACAGUGGCGGCUUUAAUUCGUCCACACCAAGCAUGAACAAAUGUCGGCUGUAUUGAAGUAUUUUGAAGCGUCAGGAACAGACUGUAGAAGAGCUGCUCAUAGUGACUUCAGGUGAUGGGAGGACAUGCAGAAUUAUACUCCUUUAACACUUCAACAUCAUGAACAUCAAGAGCCAAAAAAACUGCUUCUUCAUCUGUUGUUCAUUUAUUUCCUGUCUGGUAUGAAAAUUUAAUGUUUAUAUACCCUAACAUUUUGAAACAUGUCGCUCUGACACAUGUUAUAACUGUAAUUUUACCUCACUAGAACCACAGGCCCUGGUUUGUUGUACUGGGGUCAGUUCUGACUAAACAGAGGAGAUAUUUGACAUGGAGAUAUAGUGUUAAUGUCUGCAGAUUAGGGUUCAGUAUUUUGACACACCUUUAGAGAAGCAGCAGAUAAUCAGUGAUUCCUAACAUAUCUCAGCCAUCCAAGUAAAGCAGUUGUUAUGCAAUACUGUCUGCAUAACCGAACCUGUGUGGCGAACAGGUUAAAGUGUGCUGGUUUCAUCCACAUAAGCUUCAAAGUGACAGCUAAUGCUCUGAGUGUUUCCCAGUGCACAGCUUCUAAAAGGAUGAACAUGAGCUGUCUGAGUCCAGAGCAGCGACUUCAACAGAUACUGAUGCAGAUCUGUCCGACAUGAGGAGGGGGAGGGUGACAUGGCAAAAAAUAUUAAAUCCCAUUUCUUAAACAGCAGAAUCACAUUCUUGAUUUCAUCACAGUUUAUUUUCAUGUUUCUUCUUGAGACUGUUAUGACUGGUAUAAGUUACCCAGUUGACGCUGGUAUGAAAUAGUAAUUCAGUUGAGUGCUCUCCUCCUAAAGCAGAUCAUGAACUAACCAAGCCUGAACCCACCUCCCCUCUCAGUGAGAUCACUUUUUUAGUCUGCAUGAUUAAUCAGACAGAAAUGAUCAUUUAAACUCAAUUUGAACUGAGUUUAGUAGAACACACUCAGAUCUAUUUCAGGUGAUAAAAAAGAGUUUGAAAGCAUUUUAGGGUUGAGGGUGAGACUCUGUCUUUGCAGUACACCACGUCUAAUCUAAUGUAAGGAGAGGAGGUCUUAGUAGACGCCGCUGGUUAGAAAAUCACUGACUGCAACUUUUAGAAUAUAAUCCUCGCAUUUUAAUAUUUUCAUAAACAGCUUAAUUAUGAAGUGGAAUAUUCACUGGACGUUGUUUGAUGACAUAGAACUGCAGUGGUCGUCAACAUCAUGUGCUAAUACUACAUUCCCUCUGGAUUUGCAGAUUGUUGAGAUGUUCUUCUGUUAACAUUCAGGGGUGUACAACAUUGGAUUUUUGCAGAUAUUAUUCAAACUUAUUUUGGUUAAUACUAGUGUCAGUAUUAAUAUUUAUUGACCUUAUUUUCUCCAGGAAGAAGGCAGUUUCUCCUGUAAUAGCUGUUGCUGUUUUUGUUACAGUCCAUCUAUUUAGACACAGACAAGACAAAAAACAUCAGAUUUUACCGUAGAUGAUAAAUCUCUCUGUAUAUAUUUUAAACUAUAGACGUUCUGUUAUGUGUCUGUUUAGGUUAUUGAAUUCAGCUCUGCACCACAGUUAAACACUCAUGAUAUAUCAUCAGUUCUUGACAGUGAGUUGGAUGUGUACCUGCAGCUGUUUGUGGUUUAUUUCGCUCACGUCAUUGCAGCUGAUUAUCAGUUUACAUUAGUGAGAGGGUUUAGAACAAACAGAGCUGUCUUUUUUAUCGCCGUUUUAUGGAGAUAAUGUUGGUUUUAUACGGCUGUAAUUAAAGCUCAUGUGAUGCUACUGAUCUGAGAAGAGGCGUGAGAUGUUUUACAACUUUAACUUACAGAUCUAAACGCUGCCUUGUGUUGGUAUGAUCUCCUCAUAGUUUAGUUUUCAACAGUUUAGACCCACACAUGCUGACUCACGACUCUCUGAGGGGGAUUUAUUCGAUGGAUCCGGGUCGAACUCUGCGCUCAUUUCCUUUCUCGUCCUUGGUGUGUUCUUAAUUUUUCACGCAUGCUGGGACAAGAUUAUGAAACCGCACCUUGACAUCAUCAGUCUGUGUCAAAGCAAAGCUCAAGUAAGGUGCAGUCAUCAAUGAUUUACAGGCUAUACCUACGAGGCUAAUAUGAGUAAAUCUGUUAUCAUCGUCGUUACGGUCGUCUGAGAAUUUCACCCAAAUCUGCUGUGAAGGAAACAGAAUCUGUGUGAAAUCCACUGACUGCAGUGGAUUCAACAUCUGUAUAUUAUGCAUUAUUAAUGUUUUGAUAUACAAGUACAGUGUUAUAGUAUUUUUAUAAAAUAACUGACCAUAUGACAGUUUGAUGAAUGAUAACAGAGGCAUGUUUUUCCAGACAAAGGUUGUUUAUUUUGUCUUGAACAGCGGACAUACUUGUGGUUUAUGUCGUAAAAAGGAAGUUUAAUCUGCCUCAAAGGCUUUCCAAGUCGAUUAUUGUUACUGAAUAUUAAAUAUGUUUAAUUAUCAGGAUUAUGAGGUUUUGUUAAAGAGCUUAACAGAACCAAAGUUACUGUUUAAACCAAUAAUGUCCUCUUCUGUUCGAGUCAAUUUUACUCAGUUGGAAAGGCAAGGUGGAGCAUGUCAGGGUGGUGUUGCUCAACAGCCGAUUCAAAAGCUUUUGUUUUGUUUGCUCUGAAAAAAACAAAUAUUAAAGGACGACACGAUAACUCCCUACUGAUUUCGAUUUAAAUGCAGGAUCCAAUAAAUGAGCCUGGAUAGGAAGUAUUGUUGUUGUUCCGUUUAAAUCUAAUUUCCUAAACGUAUUUGGAUGGACUCAGAAAAACUAAAGCACCUCUAUCUUUAUCAGCGUGCAGAAACAUGUAGCUGCCUGCUUGGAGGAGAAUUAGUCCCUUUAAUUGUGAAUAUUAUUGGACUUGGUGUGCUCCAUACUCUGAUAUUAUUUGUCUUGUUAAAAUAACAUCUUGUAUGAAGUCAAAACAACUUUGUUUUUCCUGCUUGAGGAGGAAAGCAAACAGCAGACUCGCUCUAGACUGACUCUUAAACGGACAAACAGAAGAUUUUCUCCACUGAUGCAAUCGUCCCUUUACAUGUUUAUUAGUGUUUUAUUAUUAUGUAGCUAUAGCAGCCAAUAUUAAGCUCUAAUCAUACCAGCUUAAUGUAGUAGAGGACCUUAAUGUCAACUAUCAACCUUAAAAAAUAGCGAUCUUCUUCUUCUGACUCUUCUUGGUGAGGACCAGCACUAAGAACCAGUACCAUCCUCCACUAAGAACCAGUUAGCUCCAUGUCGCCGCAGCUCCCUUGUUUUUAGGACAGUGAUCUUCAAUACAAAAAAGAAAUCGCUUUAAGUGAGAGUCUAAGAAAACCUGAGUGUAAACACUUUUGUUUGAUCAGGAGAAAACCCCACAGAGCGACUUUAAGCAGGAAAACAGCCAGAAGAAGAAUUCGAGGGAAAAACCGGAGAUACAAACUUUAAGAAAAGCUGAAAACAAGAUUGUGUUAAAAAUACCGACUUCACUGACGCUCAGUUUCUGAGUCUAAAGGCUUUAAUUCAAUCAUCAGUAAUAAUCCAACAGUAAAGCGUCUGUUUCUGUGGUAGUUUUUGAAGUGUAGUAUCAGAGGUUGGUGCUCAUUUGUUUAACUAGUUUCAGAAAAAUCAACAGCUGACAUUAAAAUGAACUCUGUUCCUGUUCCAGCAGUUUUUCACCAAGUUAGAUCCUUUAGUGACAUUAGUGUUGGAGCCGGCUGCUCCCCCCUGACUGUCUGAAUUUUAAUAAAAAACCACUAAAAGAUACUAAAAAUGAAAUGGGACUUUCUCCCCCCUGAGUUGUUGUUGUUGUUUACUGCUGUGAACUUCAGUCUCUUGAAAAACGAGGAAACACUCGAGCUGUUUUGGUUUUUUCUUUCAUCCUGGAGUCGCAGCAGCCAUGAGGUGGGCGUACUAUCCCAUCAAUAACAUCUGUAACUAGCUGUUUGGAAACGUCCUCUCGAAGACGUCGGUGUUGAAUGUUAAACAGCCUGAACCGCAGCCACGGGUCCAGGAUGUGCGGCAGUCUUGUUGAAGGCACAGGGGGGUAUGUUGUGUCCUCCUUGGGUUGAGACCGGUCCAUUUGAACCCUGCGGUCUCUAUCGGCUUAUUGUUCGGCUCUGCCCGCGUCCCUCUCCACUGAUGUCACAGCAUUCCAGUUAGCAGAUAAAUGAGUUAGUGUUAGGGCAGAUGAGCAGCGUCGUGAAUGCUGCUGCUGCUGCUAAUAGUGGGUCAAAGGGCACGAGUGCAGCGGCGUAACUGCAAACACACUCGCCAGAACACCUACGCGGCACGCCUUUCCCGACACUUCAUUCAGAGCGUGAUAGGAAACAUUUCAGUUAGAUACCCAAUGAAUCAUGGGACAUGGUCUUUUUAUCACUCACGUUAUGAUGAAUUAUGAUAUGAUUAAGUCGCUGAAGGGAAAGUGUUUUUUAAUUCCAGUUCUCGCUCUUUGAGUCUCAAAGUUCGAGUCUUUUUUGGUGGAUUUUUGCAGCAGACUUGGUUCGUUUAGCUUGUUAACUUUGUCUUUCAAACUAAUUUCAUUUAACCGCGCAGAUAUCCACAUGAUAUUUUCCUGAGCCUGUAUUUAAAAAUAAUAAAUAUAAUAAUAAUAAAUUUUAUUUAUAAAGCACUUUUCCAGGUGCUCAAAGACACUUUACAAAAAAUACAAUACAGAAAAUUCUGAGAAAUAAGACCAACAAUGUAAAAGGUUAAAAAAAUGUGAUAAUAAUAAACGUUCACUCAAGUUGAGCAGUUUCUAACAAAAACAAUACUGUGAUAUCAGCAGGGCUGUAAGUCGAUGAGUCGAUUUUUGGUCGAAAGGGUUUUAGUUGACCAAGAAUUUCUUUGUUCUAGAUAUCAGCCAACCUGCUGUCUCAUAAUCGGCGUCCAUGUCAGCGGUUGAAAAACUGAUAUAGGUGCGAGUUCUCGUCGAGCACACACACACACGUUACACACUCUCUCACUGGUCAAACCUUGAGAUGAAAGUGAAAGUGAAGCCGUUAUUAUCAGACAUGUAAACAAAUAAAGUUGACAGGAUUUAUGAAGCCGCUCAGAGCUCCAACAGUCAGACUCAUGAGUAGUUUUAACACCUGAAACAGAAACUGAAGACGCUUCAAUCAAACUAGAUUACAGGAGAACUUAGAGAGAGGCAGGUGGAGUAAACUCAAGUCUGCAGUCUUCUUAUUCUGGACGACCUCAACUCUAAAGUCCAUUUUAUUUCAGAAAGUUUACUUAUUUAAAAGCUUCAUAUUUAGUUUUUGGAUGUAAUUGUCUAUAAGAAAUUGUCUAGUCUAGCUUCCUCAGUGUCAUACAAAGGUCUUUUACGUUGGUAUUUUUAAUAUUUUAUCCAGUAUUGAUAAAAAGUCCCAUACUGGUGUUCUGGCUGUGUUAAUUUAGGGCCCUUUUGUUUUAUUUCCAUUUGUUUUUAUUAAUGUUUUGUUUUGUUUUAUUUCAAAUGUUUUUCUUUAAGCCGGUUUACCUCCAGUCGAACUUUGCUGUUGGGAAAUAUAAACCGGGUUGACUUCUUUUAGUGUCAAAGUUUGAUCUUUUUUUUACUCGUCCCACUUUCACGGUGAGAAAUGUAGACAAAGACUCACUUGACUGCAAGCUGUCAAAAUCUGAUUUAUGGCGGCGUUAGAAAGAAAGCUUCGAUCACACGGUUAGUUUAGACUUUUGUAUUAUCAGUGAUAAUCUGUUCGUAAAGCUAUUUUCUGUUGUCAGCACUUCCUCUUUAUCUCUGUUCUGUCUCUAAAAGGACGAUCCGCUCUGACCCAGAAUCCUUCACUGUCAGGUUUAACCUCCUACCAUCAUCACCGAGGUCACUCCAGGUCGUUGUAAUCUCUCAGGACUUGUUACGCCUCAUACACUAUUCAUGUUUUGUAAAUGUUUUCCGUCAUUGGGAGGCUCGCUUGUUGUUAAUGCUUUAAUGAGUGAAAGGGUGAGUGCGUACGAACAGAACGUGAAGUUUAUCCCAGUUGAAUCAUGGUUCUCGUCGAAACACUAACACACGACUGUACGCAGGAGACAAGCUCAGGCAGGAUUGGUCUAACCUGAAGGAGAUAGAUCUACAAACAUAGAUGUUGUUUUUAGUUUAAGGAGACUGACUCAGCAGCUCAAGGAGAGAGGGACUCGAGCUGCUUUCUGUCCUCUGGGUGGUUGUUAUGAAUCAGCUGGUUCUACCUGAUCAUCUAUGAACUGUGCAAACUAAAUUUCACUUACUGUAGUUCUUUUAAACUCUGUACAAAGUUGAGCCGCGUAUCGUUGCACGCACAGUGGUCUCAAACGAGGAACAGAAAGUGUCUCAUCUUUCAGAUAUGUUGGUUUCAGAUGUUGAGACUCAUGACGGGGCAGAGACAUCAGCAGAAAAGGUUAAAACGAGGGCUGUCGUACAGUUUGAUAUUUUAAACCACAGUUCCCAUAAGAAUCAGAUUUAUUUCAGAUGAAUCUCACAUGUUUUAUCUUUUCUAAAUUUACAUUUUUAUUUGUAAACACGUGGACAUUUAUACUUGCUUUAUGCAAAUGUAUGUCUGUUACUGUAACAACAGUCUAAAAUAACAGAUACUGUGCAGAAAGGAGGCGGGGCUUGCUGCUCCAAAAACCCAAAGACGCCGCUGUUAUGUCAUCACCUGGUUUCCAGAGGGGGCGUCCUCAGGGUCACGAUGGCGUUGAUUUUGAAACAGAUACAUGAUUGUGCAAAAACAGUAAAUAUUGUCGGACUAAACGCUCCAACGCUUGUGCAACAUCUUUCAGGUUGUCAACAUGCUGCAGUGAGGGAUGCACCGAGUCUUGAUUUUAACAAUGGCCAUCGGGGGGGUGCAGGGGUGCGCCCCCUCGGAGAGCUGCCCGACACUGGUUCCCGCCAACUCCUCCUCCAAGGACUACUGCUACUCAGCCCGAAUACGCAGCACCGUGCUCCAGGGACUGCCCUUCGGAGGAGUGCCCACCGUCCUCGCCCUCGACUUCAUGUGCUUCUUGGUGAGUCGAUAUUUCGCUCAAAUAGAGAAACUAAAAUCCACGUCUAGCUUUCUUUCUGUCUUUCUGAAGAUCCCCUGUAGCCCCAGUAUAAACAAAAAGGCGAAGAUAAACAGCCUAGAGUUUUAGUAGUUUCAUAAAAAAUGUUAAAACUAUUCUAAAAACCCUCUAAAUCUCCAUGUAGAAAAUAUAACAAACUGCAUGUAAAGGUUUCGUUUACCUCUCCAGGCUGCAGCCUCUCAGGUCGUGUUUUCUCUGAAGCCCUGAGCGUUGACAUGAAAUCUUUCCGGGAGGUGUUUUUGAUAAAUAAACAGCGUAAAGCCGUUCUGGGACUUUGGUUCAGCAGGUCUCUGUAAUGUCAAUAAAGAGGACAGACGUGUUUACAUGCAGUGUUUGUUUUGUUUUCAUAGAUGCUGCUGGUCGUCUUCUCCUUUCUGAGAAAAGUAGCGUGGGACUAUGGGCGCCUGGCUCUGGUGACUGACGCUGACAGGUAAUAACAGCAGAGCGCUUUGACCUGGAAGGUCCAGUACUGAGUCAUAGAGAGGAAAAACACUGUGGAAUAAAUCAAUAAUGUGAACAAUUGAUCAGGGAGGUAACCGUAUCAGACUCUCAUGAGAGGACAAAUCACAAAAACAAGUCUAUCACAUGAUCUCUCUCUCUCUCUGAUGCAGAAGUGAAGCUGUACAUUUCUUCUUCACAGUCUUUUGGCUCGGCUGGAUUUCUGAUCUUAUAUAAGUCGUAUUUCUGGACAUCCACAUGUUCUGUUUUUGAUCGUCUCUUUUCUCAUUUCUUGACAUAAGGACAUUGAAAUACUUCCACAUGUCAGAUCUAAAAGCAGCUGCAGCUUUUACAGUUCGAGAAUCCUCUCUCAGUGCCGGACCACGAUGUUACAGAGCUCACACAUCCACCCAAACCAGAAUGACACAGUGGAGUAGGGCUGGGCGAUAAUCCGAAAAUUUACCGAUACAGACAUUUAUGACAAUAAAUAACGUCAUUGUGCCCAUAUCGGUAUAGUUGUAGACGAAGUUAAUGUGGGAGGGGCUGAGCAGCUCGUGGAGUAGUUAUCCUCCAUUUAUCGUUAUCGAGGUGAACUGAUCAAUAUAUCCUGAUAUUGAUUUGAGGACAUAUCGCCCAGCCCUACAGUGAAGUUUUUCCAAUAACAGCGCUGUGUGAAUUAUUAAUCUGCGCUUUAAAAGGCGCUCAUCGUCAUCGCUGCUCCUGAGCCUCAUUGAUCCAGAACCAGGUCAGAGGUUUUCAUCUGCCAGACAUCACAAGGACUGUACCCUAGACGAGAAGUCGGCGUCAGCAGUUUCAACUUUUGCACUUGUUACUCGGUUUCUGUACUUUUGCAACAAAUGAGGUCAAACCGUUUUUAGAGAGAGACAGAAACAGAAGAGGAAGAAUUGAGGAACUGUAAGCGAUCCAGAACUCUUAACAUCGAUCCUCCAGACCGCUCUAAAGCCUCAGUCUGAAUCUAAGAUCCUCAUUAUCACAUCACAACACACCGACAGAUCUAAAAGGACCAUUAAAGAAAACGUCUAUCCUAAUCCGAUGAUGUGAGGGAGUGUUGGUGCAGCUGAAGGUGUUCUGGAGGAGAAGAAGGAGCGAAGGACUUCUUCUUCAUUACAGACCUCUUUGUCUGUGAACCCUGAGAGUCCAUGACACAGUGCUCCAUCACCUACUUCCCCCCGCCGCGUCUGUGUGAUGGUGCAGCUUCACUGUUUUUGCAGCUGCGUGUGAGCCAAGUUCGGGGGGUUUGCGGCGUGGCGGGGAGCCGGGAGGGGGGGGACGGCAUGAGACACUUUAGUAUCAGACGGGAAGUUUGAUGUCUCAUGACACUGAGCUGACUUUAGAUCUUCCUAAGACAAUCUGGAAAGUGAAAGCUGACUUGAGCCUGACUCAUCAGCAGAUAUUAAAUCUGGUUUGUGUUUUUGUAGGAGCUGCACUCGUCAUGGAGACACAAUUUCUGUGAUCGAUACAGCCGCUGAUUAUUCCUCCAAUCAAACGAUUAUUUGUCUGAUCUGAUUCAUGUCAAAGAGUUGCAGGAAAUGCUCAUCUGAAUUUCCCAGAACCCCAAAGAGAUGUCCUCAUGAAGCUUCUUUUAGAAAGCAGACUGUUUAAGGCUGAAGUUUAUGUAUUUGAAGAAGAAAAGAAGAGGCGUAGGUCUGCAGAAAUGACCAAAUAUAUGCAGAGAUGAUCAGAUAUUUGGAGACUAGUUUUCUGUUUAUUGAUAAAACAAAUGUAGAAAACUCUCCAGACUUGGAUCAGUAGUUUUGGGUCUUAACUUUCACUCGUGGUCUAAACAGUUUAGACUUUCAGGUCUGCUCAGAUUUCUUAUUUUUGAUAAUACUGAAAUACAGGAAUGUGAUUCUGAUGGAUUCAUCUUGAAUUCUGGACUUUUCUACCCUGAGAUUUGACCCACGUGAAUUAUGAUAACCAUAAAACGACAUAUUUAGAAUUAAAGAGUAAUAAGUAAAGGGGAAACCCAGAACAUACAGGGUCAGUACAGGAUCAUACUUUCUCUAUUUCUCUGGUUGAUCAAACGAUCUUUUUUUUAUUCAUUUGUUUCUUCACAGUCGUCUUUUUGUGACGGUAACAGAUCACAUGCUGAACUCUUAAAUUCGUUUUCACCAUCCUCCAAUUUUAACAAAUUAAAGUCCAUUCAAAGAAAUUCUGGUCAUGUGAUUUAAUAACCGUCAGACAAUAGUAUAGAAAUAUUAGUAUAGAGACGACUCGUGCGUAGCUGCAGAGAUUGUGCCAGUUCUCUGUUGUCUGGAUUGUGGAUCAGAGACUCAGCUGAAAUCAGGUUUAAGGAUCAGAACUAAGAGACUAAAAGACCAUUUCUGUUUUUAUGGACAUGAUUUCUGAGAGAUGAUGGCGUCUGUUAAAGAGAACAUCAUCUCCACUCGCUCUGACACUCCUGCUCCUCAUGUUUUCUGGUCCAUGUGGGGACGUUGAAUCCAGGCUGGACGAUUAUGGCAGAAAUAUAAUCAGUUAUUUUGACUGAUCUUAAAAUCACGGUUAAAAUUCGAUUAAUGGUCCAGCUCUACUGAAACGGUUUGGUGUGAAUAUGUCGGGCUGAGCGACGUGGACUAAAAAUACAAUCUCUGAUUUUGACAAAAACUUGAUGAUGACAAAGACACGAGUGUUUUUAUUUUAUCAUUAACAGGUAAAUCAGAUUAAAGUUGUUAAAAUGCACGCUGUGAAGAGGAGCAGAGGGUUUACAUGAACACUGAGGGCAGCAGGAAUUUAGAGGAUUAUCAACAGAGACUUUUUCUGUCAUCUUUAAUAAAAACUGUAGAAGUGAAAGUAUUUUUAAGUUUCCAUAAACAAACUCAGAAAUGCUCCUGUAAGUGAAAACAAAGGUUUCUAACGUGUACUUUUAAGACUGAUGUGUACUAAACUGUAACCAGCCCUCAGUGGUCAGUGGAAUAUUCUCCUGAAACCAGCAGCACGCUCUCUGUCCUCUCUAAACUGGUUUUAUUUUGCUUCUCCUCCACCAGAAGAAUGGAUCAGCGGUACAGUCGGCUGGACGAUCGGGAAUAGUAGGUCCUCUCUCCGUACAGUCGACUCACUAACGUCUUCUUCUCUCCAUCACCUCUCUGUAGUUAACCUAACUCACGAGUCUGGUUCUCUCUGCUCAGGCCGCUGUGGGUUUCAGCCUCUUAUCACUCUUGUUGGUCGGGCUUUUCUCCUCCUCCUCCUCCUCCUCCUCCUCCUCCUCUUCCUCCAGGCGUUUCCCAGUACCAGGCUCCUAAUCUUCCCCCUCUGUCCACUCUUAUGUCUGCUGCUGUCGGGUGUCUCUGUCCUCUCUCACUGUCCUAAUCAGAUCUGUGUGUGCUAAUCCGUGUAUUGACCUCUUUAUCAAGCAUGGACUUCUUCUCUCUGAGCGGACCACAUGAGCUGCACAGACACGACCCUGACAGGGAGAGGUAAAGCUCCCCUGAUGACUGUGGUUCAUAGACAGGCCCUAACAUGGAGCGCCUUCAGUUUCCUGUCUACUAGAGCCGAGACCAACCACUCCUACUCUUUACAGGAAUGUGAGAGGAGGACUGACGGUGGAUUACAGCCGCAGGCUUUCUCCUCAUUCCAUUAGAGGUCUCUUAGAUCCCCGGGUGACGUCAUCCUGUUUAAUGUAGUUCUCUGAGCUCUGAAUCAAGAUUGGAAUUCCUGCAGAGUCAGGGCCCUCCUCAUGUUUUUAUGGUUACGUCAAAUUCGACCCGACAUUACCUCACCGGGAAGUGCUUUAAAAAUUAUACAACGACAAUUCCUGAAAUGUUGGGACACAGUUUUUGAAUGUUCAAAGGUGCAAAAGACGCCAGCGACAUGUUUCAGAGAGAGUCAGGACAGGGUCGGGAUCAUCUCUUUUAUUUUACCAUCACUCUGCAAACAUCAGUGAACCCAGCAGACCAGGUUCUGGAGUCUGGAAGUGAACUGGAGUCUCUAUAGGACUAUAGCGGCUCAAGAGUUCGGGGUCUCUGAGGCCAGGACUCUUCUCCUACAGAGCCAUGCUGUUGUCAGAAUGUGGUUUGGGAUCAUCUGAAGGUCUUUCCUGAAAAAGUCUUUGUCUGGGUGGACGCAGAUGUUGCUUCUAAAGUUGAAGAUAUUAUUUAAAACUGAGGAUGCAGCAUCUAUGAUUUCCACUUCUUCGUUUCUAAGGCGAAACAUCUCAAUAAGUCCAGUUGUUCUUUCCAAUAGAGAGUUAGAUUGUGAUAUUAAGCCCAUGCAGUGACUCCAACUACAGAGUCCCGAUUCUCCAGAACCUGUAGAUGUUGUUCAGCAUUAAUGAAGCCUUCACAGAUGUGGAAGAUACCCAUGACAUGGACUCUGAUGAUCUACAGACCAUCAGAGAUGCCGACGACAAGCAGGGUGGACUCUAGAUAUUUUAAAACUGAGGACACAGUAUCUAUGAUUUCCAAUUCUUCGUCCAGAGUCCUGUCUGUUUUUAGUGCCCUGAAGAUCAGGACCAUCCAGUCCUGGUUCUGAAACUGUUGAACUUUAAUUUGUCCCUGAAACGACUUUUAUGAAACAUGUCGCUGUCGUCACAUUUAAAGUAAAAACAUAAUUGAACAAACUUUUUCAGUAAAUGGUUAAAAAAACCUUAAAUUCAGUUUUUAUUCAGUGUCCCGGCUCUGUCAGGACUGGUCUUGUUUAUUUAAAACACUCUGCGGUGUGUGUGGAGGAGUUCCUGUGGCUCAGCUGGAUCAACUCCGUGAAUCACCUCCUUCUCCUUCUUCUUCAUGAUCGCUGGUUUUCUGUUUCCUCUGUGAUCUUCUCCUGUAGAGCUUAGCCUCCUAACGUCUCCACCUUUCCUCUGACAGUGACGGUGUUGUUCACUCUCUCUCUGUGUAAAGUAGGCUCCUAAUGCUGCAUGAGAUGUGGCUGCAGAGAUUUUCCCUGUGGUCUGACGGUUAACCGACACAAAUCCUGUGUGGAGCCCUCAGAGGGUAAACAGGGGUGAAUCUCUUCAGUCCCAUUUCAGGGCGUGUGUGUGUUUUGUGUGUGUUUUGUGUUGUCACCUGUCUCAUACUGAUGGUAAUCCCUCUGUCAUGACACCACAAACACGAACAUGCGGAGGUGUUGAUUGGAGGUUUCUGUGUGUCCUCUCUCUACAGCGUGGCGUCUGCUUUGACAUCAGAGACACCAGAGCGCUACGAGCGACUGACCUCAGUUUCCAGCUCCGUGGACAUCGACCAGAGAGACACAGUAAGGCUGCUGCUCCUACAGGAUAAACCUGGAAUUACGUCUUUUCUGAGGCGCUUUAACUCUUGUUAUGUUGUCUCUUUAGGGCUUCUGCUCCUGGCUAACUGCGAUCUUUCGCAUCAAGUGAGUCAACCUUCUCGUGUUUUACCUCAAAGUCCCACUCCGAUCGUUUUAAAGUGUCCUCAGUGGUCUUUAAAUUGUGAUUAUGAAGUUUUUAGCCAAAUUCACGUCAUGUUCAAGCGCUUUUCUUCUGCAGAGCUCCAGCAGCUCAUUAGCGAUUCGCCUCUGAGUCGUGGGCGGAGACAGCGCUGCUCUGCACACUCCUCUUCACGCUAGCUUGUAGCCUAACAUUGUCGGUGUAGUAGAAGUAGCAGGUAACAUAGGAGAUAUUCAGCUCUCAGAUACUAAUGUCUUUGGAGACAUGAUGAAAGUUAAUAUCAUAAUUAGCUUAGAGUCUGGCCUGCAUAGUGGGGCUCCGGGGGCGGAGCUUGGAUUUGUGACAUGGGAAAUCUCACAGAAUCUGAACCUGCCAGAGAUUCACAGAGAUUUGGAUUCAGAAAUACUCAGAAAUGCAAUUUCCGUAGCAUCAGAAAAAUGAAUAUAUGCACAUGUAGACGACAAGACAAAGUAGAUUUUCAUCGUAGUGGGUCUGUAAAGGGUAGAUAAAUGGAAUGUUUAGAUUUUUUUGGUUGAAUUGUUGCUGUGUCGCUUCGUAGGGAUGAAGAGAUCAGGGAGAAGUGCGGCGAAGACGCCGUUCACUACCUGUCCUUUCAGCGGCACAUCAUCGGCCUGUUGGUGGUGGUCGGCGUUCUUUCUGUGGGCAUCAUCCUGCCGGUGAACUUCUCUGGAAACCUACUUGGUAAGUCAGCCGGUGAAAAAACAACCCCAGGAUGAUUCAGAAAAUACAGACGAUGAAUAUUUCACACAUCUGUGUGUAAAACUGUGCAGACUUUAACUUUGAUUUUUAAGAGACAAAAACAGUAAAAAUCAGCAACUUUAUAAAGAAGUAUGUUCAUAAAUAUUGUGUUGAUGUUACAACACUUUUAUAAAGAGUCAUGUCACUAACAAAUGAACAUCUUCUUCCUUUUUUUCCUCAGACAACAACGCCUACAGUUUUGGGCGAACCACUAUAGCAAACCUGGAUUCAGAGUGAGUCUUUCUCACACAGAUGCACCUUUAAAAAAAACUAAAGAGGGUUUCAUGACAAAGUGCACAUGUGUAAACUGAAGUGUUUUAAAUGUUUACAGUUUUAAAUUUAAGACCUUCAGCCUCUUACAGCAGAGAAACAGGCUGAUGAUAAUUAUUUAAACAAAAGUCUUUAAAUUCUUCAUUUCACAUCUAAUCAGAAUAUGAUAGUUCACUUUUUUAAAAUUUAUAUUAUGAAUAAAAACUGGAGGUUUUCAUAGAUGGAUCUGUAGUUUCAUAGUGUUAUUAUUAUAUUAUUAUUAGUAUACAUCGUGCUCUGAGUCAAAACCUCCGUCUUUAGCGCUCUAACAUGAUCGUUUUCUCCCUCUCAUUUCCUCAGUAACAAUCUACUCUGGCUGCACACCACCUUUGCAUUUCUCUACCUGUUACUGACGGUGUACAGCAUGCGACGGCACACUUCCAAGAUGCACUACAAGGAGGAUGACCUGGUGAGUGGCAGCACAUCCAGAAAUAACUGAUUUCACUACCUUCAGUCAUUAAUACCCACCCUGUCUUUAUUUCCCUGCAGGUGAAACGCACUUUAUUUGUCAACGGGAUCUCCAAGUACGCAGAGGAGACGGAGAUAAAGCAACACUUUGAGUAAGAUCGGCAGUAUCCCGACUCGAGUGUUAAUAACUCACCGAUUGGCUGAAAUCUGUCCGCUCCGUUUAGACGUGGUUAAGCUCUGCUGCGGCUGCAUUAAGGCGUAUGAGCGCCGUGCUCCUCCCUGUUAAAAGCAGCUCUACAUAGAGCCUGAACCAGACAAUGACCGGCUUAUAUAUGUGUAAUUGUCCAUAAUAGAAACCAGAUGAGCAGAUAAUGAAAGUCAUGUGUCUGGAUGGUUGAAGGCUAAAGACGGAGGUCUGGCUCAGGCGAACAGGACUCACCAAAAUCCACUUCCUGUGCGGCAGAUUUAAAGAGCGUGAUUAUGUUUAUAAAAUAAGACAAAAAGUUUAAAGAAAUUCACGUCAGUCACUUUUGGUUUUGUGCUUUUUAUGACUUUUGUAGUGAGAUUAAAUAAUCAGAUAUACAGACGGGCGCUCACAGAUUUGGAAAGCAUCGUCAUGAGCGGUUUAAACCUGUUUUUCUUUUAUAUCAGAUGUAAAAUAUAAGAAAUAAAGUAGUUAAAGUUUAAAGAUUGAAUCCAGUUCUGAAACUCUGAGCCUGUGGCGUUUACAGUCGAUGUUUUUUUUCUUUUCUAACUCAGUGUAGCGACCGCUUUCCUUCAACAAAAAAGGCAAAAAAAGGCAAAAAAGACUCGUCAAUUCAUCAGUCGGGUUUGAGUGUUAAAGGUGAUUUAUUGUUCAAAAGGGAGAGAAAACACACUGAUCCAGGUCAUGAAAAGUGAUAUGAUGAAAUGAGGGUAAAAGGACAAGUGAAAAAACAGUCAACAGAAAAUUAUCAGACCUGACCAAAACCCGUUGUUUCAGAGUACAGCCGUGUUUUUAAAUCACCCGCCAAACAUCCCAAAACCACACCCCUCAGUGUCGAUCUCCAGGAGUGAGAUACUCAGGAGAAAUCGUCUCCUCAACACGCUCAGUUCAGGUCUUUUAUUUUUACAUUUUCCCUCCUCUCUAAGUUUCUUUUCUUCUUUUUUACAGGCAGGCGUAUGAAAACUGUGUCGUACUGGAAGCUCGUAUCUGUUACAAUGUGGCCAGGCUGAUGUACCUCAACUCUGAAAGGUAAAACAGCGUGUGUGUUUUGGUUUGUGUGUGAGUGUGAGCGUCCUCUCUGUCUCUCUCCUGUUGUCAUCUUGUUUCAGUGAAAUCCUCGUCUCACUGCUGACGUCUGUUUGCAGGAAGAAGGCCGAGCGCAGCAAGAAGUUCUUCCUUGACCUGCAGGACAAAGAGCACAUCAGCAGCAUGAUCAAUCCCAAACCCUGCGGACACCUCUGCUGUUGCAUCAUCAAAGGCUGCGAGCAGGUCGGACUCGUUGCACCAUUUUCUUUAUCUGAAAACGACACACACUCAGGAAACAUGUUCACCAGCUCAGAAACACACAGACGGAGAUAAGGAGCCGAUCCAUGAGAACGGUUCAGAGAAUCCGAGCUCGUCUGAAACAUCUGACACGUCUUUAUCUGCUCCUGGACGGAGUUUCUUCACCGCUCGUGUCGCUAAUCCUCAAAUAACCUGAUCGGAGAUGUUGUUCUUUUCAUCUGCACCCGUUUACGUCUGCGCCGUAAUGUCCUAUUCAGUUUUACUUUGCUGACUUGCAUUAGGAGUAAAAAGGUCAGAUGCUAGUGUGUGUGUGUGUGUGUGAGUGUGUGUGUGUGUGUGUGUGUGUUUGUAAGUGUAUUAAUAGCUUUACGAUCAUGUGACGUGCGGUAAAUGGUUGGAUGAGGUAAACAGAUUAGAGGAAAUGAAGACGACUUCAAACUUUUGUGUUUCAUUUUUAGAAACAGAGUAAAUUAUCUGUAACUCUGUUAUUAUGACCAAACUGGAGCACAAAAGUGACAUGAUAUCUAUGAUUUAUAAUAUUUAUAGAGGUUUUUUUUUUUCAGUUUUGUUUCUUGAUUUGAUUUUUUUAUGAAUCCUCAAAGCACGCUGAUAAAAAAUAGAAGCGAAUCAGAAGUGGAAUACGACCUUUUCUGUGUCCACUGUAUGUUUACUUCUGACUGGGAAAGCUCUGGGCUGUUUGUCUGGUGCUCUGAUGUGUUUCCAGAAUACUAAUGCACAUCCAACAAGCACAAACAUCCAAACUACAAUUAAUUCAAAAAGCUGCUGCCAGACUACGAAGAGACCACACCGCAGCAGUUUUAGACGAGAUUUAAAGGUUUGACCGCUAGUUUUUUUUACGUCUCAGAAUGACUUCAGCUUUUAUCUGUGGACCGCUGACUCCCUACGAGUCAGACCGCAGCCUGAGGUUUUCUAGCAGGACCUUACUCGUGGUUCCUAAAUCUCAGCGAGGUGACUGCAGCGGUACAAACUAUAACAGGAGGAGGAGGAGGAGGAGACUCUUGUGUUGCUGCUCUGUUGUGUCAUUGUACACAAACACAAAACUGCAUUAUAUGAAUUAAGAUCAUCCCACACGUUUGAUGAGAUACAACAGUUGGUGUGAAUUGUGCGAUCGUGUGGGGUUUCAGUUUCAGAGAUUGUUGCAGAUCAGUGUAACAGAGUUUAAAGUCUGGUCAUUAGAUCUAUAGAAACGUCACGUUUUCACGUGUUCCUGACAGGAAGAGGCGGUGAGCUACUACACCAAACUGGAGGCCCAGCUGAAGGACGACUACAGGAAGGAGAGAGAGAAGGUGAACAGGAAGCCGUUGGGGAUGGCCUUCGUCACCUUCCAGAACGAGGCCAUAACCGCCAUGUAAGGACAUUUAAAGUGUUCGAUCCUUUAUAGAUGUGCGUCCUCGUCGUCGAUUUGAAACUAACUCUCUGGUCUCUGAUUCCUGGUCUUUGGGUUUUCCUCUCAGAAUCCUGAAGGACUUUAACGCCUGUAAGUGUCAGGGCUGUCAGUGCCGCCGGGAGCCCAAGAUCUCUCAGUUCAGCGCCAAGCUCCACACGCACAACUGGACCGUCAGCUACGCCCCGGAUCCACAGAACGUCUACUGGUGAGCUCACAGUCCGGGUCACACAGUCUCUUUAAAGGGCGGUUCCGCUUUAACUGCAUGAACGUCUUUGGUCCACAUACCCAAGUAUCAGGUUACGACCAGCUGUGUCCAUCUAACCGCUGCACGACCUUUAUCCCACAGGGAGCAUCUGUCAGUGGGCGGGGCCUCCUGGUGGCUCCGCUGUUUGAUCAUCAACAUUGUCCUCUUCCUCCUCCUGUUCUUCCUCACCACCCCUGCCAUCAUUAUCUCCACCAUGGACAAGUUCAACGUCACCAAACCUGUGGAGUACCUCAACGUGAGUUUAAGACCUGAAGUUACCUUUGUUAGUUCUUGUAGCUCCUCCUCCUUCUUCUUCUUCUUCAGCUCUGAGACCGUUGUCUUCUUCAUGUCUUAACUUCAUGUCUCUCUCUUGAAUCUGUCCCGCAGAAUCCAAUCAUCACCCAGUUCUUCCCGACCCUCCUCCUGUGGUCCUUCUCCGCUUUACUCCCGACCAUCGUCUACUACUCUGCCUUUUUUGAAGCCCACUGGACCCGGUACGGUUAAACUUGGUUUUUCUGUUCUGAUUGUGACGUCUGUCUGGAUUUAAUCGUGUUUAAUCGUCUCUGUUUGGUCUGCAGGUCUGGAGAGAACAGGACCACGAUGCAUAAAUGCUACACCUUCUUGAUCUUCAUGGUCCUGUUGCUGCCCUCUCUUGGACUCAGCAGGUACAGCGUGCUCUUAAAGCUACAGUCAGUGUUUUUUUAGAUUCAUCCUGUCACUGACUCUUUUGUCCUCGUAUCUCUGCAGUUUGGACGUUUUCUUCCGCUGGCUUUUCGACACAAGUUUCCUGGAUCUUGCGACCGUCAGAUUUCAGUGAGUUGAUCGAGUUUCGGACGAUCCGUUCAGAUUUUACUGCGACGUUGACUUUUCCUGUCGUUCCCAAGGUGUGUGUUCCUCCCUGACAACGGCGCCUUUUUCGUGAACUACGUCAUCGCGUCCGCGUUCAUCGGUAACGCCAUGGACCUGCUGAGGAUACCCGGUCUGCUCAUGUACAUGAUCCGGCUGUGUUUGGCUCGCUCCGCCGCAGAGAGGAGAAACGUGAAGAGGGUGAGUGUGUCCGAGGAGACCAGGUCUGAGGAGGCGAACCCACAGCUGAUCCAGUCUGUGUGAAAACAUUAGAUUCAUUCUACAACUGAAAUAUCAUCAGUGAAAUAUUUUAAGGUUAGAGUUUUGUCUGAGUAGGGCUGGGCGAUAAACCGAAAAUUUACCGAUCCUGAAAUUUACGACAAUAACCAACGUCAUUUUGCCCAUAUCGGAAUAUUCGGUGUCAAAAAAAUGAAUAAAUCAAAGUUGGUUUUGGUCGUGUGAAGGUAGGCUAUGGUCUCAUGUAGGCCUGGGCGAUUUGGCAAAAAAAAUGAUCACGAUAUAUUUUGUCAUAUCUUCCGAUCUCGAUUAUUAUCACGAUUUUUUUUUUAAACUGCUGGUUUUAAAGCAUCUGUACUAAAAACUAAAGAAAGUAGAGAUUAUUUCAACAUUUUACUCUCAUACAAAGUAAAUUGAAUAAGAUAAACUUAGAAAAAUAUAAAACGCAUUUUAACUCAACAGAACAACAAAUGUAGAUAAAUACUAAAUAAUAAAGUGAACUAGUUUCUGCAGGUAUGAAAGACCCCAAAUAAACAAAUCUCCCCCUCAAAGAUAAUGAAGACGCCUUAAAAAAUAAACAUCAGAGGAUGUAAAAGUAGAUGAGACGAUUGAUUGCUUUGGUCUGGUUGCUGCACCGCUAGUUGUAGCUAAACUGCUAAUGCUGUUUGUGCCGUCAGCUGUGACUCCGCCCACAUUUUCAUGCUUUCCUCAUAAUCACUCGGGAAGAACUUCUUUAAAUGAUUAAACAGAUCUGUUGUGUUUCCGUUUUUUGAGGCACCGACCGCCGACAUAACUCACACAUCGGCUUAAUUACUCGACGUCACUUUGGAGAUACCUGAACCAUCGCCACACAACCGACGCUGAAUAACUUCAUAACAAAAACAUCUUCAGAGGAUGUCUUUAAGUCACAGCUGACAUCUAUUCUGUUGCCCUCAGCUCCACGUUUGGUCAUUCUGUACUCCUGUUUACUUCUACGGCAACUUACAGAAGUGAUCCGGAAAAGCUCGACUCUGAUUGGCUGUUAUCACGCACAUGAAACUGGAAAUGUAAACUUGUCCUGAUGAACGAGUCAAGUCAAUAAUUUCUGGUGUCGACCUUCUCCCUGUGACACAGACUGAGUUUAUUUACACUCACAGCCGAGUCUCACUCAUGUCCUCCUUCACUUUUAUAUGUUUUGAUGUUUCACGAGUUCGUUCAGACUCUAGAAAUCCGAGCGUCAGGAUCUUCUUAAUGAACCUCAAAGAUCCUCGUCUGAAUCAGCUCCACGUGAUCCUGAUUUUCUUUGUUUCUGUCUCUCAGCAUCAAGCCUAUGAGUUCCAGUUCGGGGCGGCGUACGCCUGGAUGAUGUGUGUCUUCACCGUGGUCAUGACCUACAGCAUCACCUGUCCUAUCAUCGUCCCCUUUGGUGAGCCCCGUUGUAUAUAAAGGUGGAGAGCUGAGUGAAUGAGUGCAGGUCUGAGCGCGCUCAGUGGGUCUGUUCCUGGUCCAAAGCUUAUCAGCCGCUCUAAUUGGAUGAGCUGCUCUGAUUGUUUUCUCUCCGCAGGUCUGAUGUACAUGCUGCUCAAACACCUGGCCGACAGGUACAACAUGUACUACGCGUAUCUGCCCACAAAACUGGACAAGAAGAUCCACUCUGGAGCCGUCAACCAGGUGGUGGCCGCUCCUAUCCUCUGCCUCUUCUGGCUCCUCUUCUUCCUCACUGUUCGCUCGGGUAAGACGAGGACGCCCCCUGCAGGCUGCCGACGUUAAAACACCUGUUACGAUUAGAAAGCAGGUCCAGAAACAUUAAACUCUUUUCUCUCCUCUUCAGGGUUUUCAGCGGCAACUUCCAUGUUCACAUUUAUCGUUUUGAUCAUCACAAUCAUCAUCUGCCUCUCUCACGUCUGUUUUGGACACUUUAAAUAUCUCAGCGCUCACAACUACAAGGUGAAACUCUCGCUCUGUCAAAGAUAAAAAUCGUGUUUUUGUUUGUCUGCGUUGGUUAAACUCUCGUCCCUUCUGUCACAGAUCGACAACCAGGUGGACGGGAUCCAGAACGGACAGGCGGUCUCCUCUUUUGCCCUCACCGCUACAUCGGUGAGUGGUCACUUUUAUUUAUUUAAUGACAGUUCGAGCCUCCAGAUCAAAUACGGGGGCAGAAAAACACACAAACAAGACGAGGAACACGUUUGUGCUCCGAGGAUGAGACCGCGUCAUUCUUAGAUCCUGGAAAAGUCCUGGAAAGGACACUGAAAUGCCUGGAAAAGUCUUUAUCUCAUAUGAGGAGUGUCUUAAAUUCUGUAUUAUUGUUAAUUUGAUCUCAUGAGGAGUCAUGAAGAUAACAGUAAGAUCACCGUCAGUCAGGUCGGUUCGAUGUUUUGGUCAGGUGAUCUUACUUUAGGAGGACCAGCUCUCAGGUUUUGACAUCCUCCUCUUUUUUUCUCCUCCGCAGCAAAGUUACAUCGCUCAGGUACUUCAGGACCCGAGUUUGGAGGAGGGCGGCUCAGGCAGCGGCGAGGACGACGGCCAGGGGUCCUCGCAGGACGAGGAAAUAAUCAACAUGGAGAACGGUCUGACUGAGGACUUCCAAUCUGGUGAGGACAGCCUCAUCGACCACGAAGUGAGGAACUGACGUCCACGAACUCACCCCUCCCUCCCUUUAAGUCAAGCCCACGGACUGCACUGAAGAUGUGAAUGAAAGGAGGAGCGCCUCAGCCUCCACAGAGGAACUUUGACACUAACACAAGCACACCGUCUACUUUAACGGAUUUAACGGAUUGUUGCUCAGACUCUUAAACGUGGACCUUCAGAGGGAACCGGUGACCUCCUCCUGCCCUGAUCCAGCCCAAAACUGCACAUGAUGGACCCACGAGAAGAAGAAGAAGAAGAAAGACACUACUGCACAAAUGAAGAAUUGUCCUCGUCUGACCGGGGCGUGAUGUCUGUCUGUAUCUUUAACAUUAUUGCACUUGAAAACAGAGAACCUGUCCUAUAAGCUCCAGUCUCACUGAGGUACUGUGGUUCAGCAUGCCUUCAUGGUGGAGGAGGGCGGAGGGCGGAGGUUCCUCCUGACAUCCUUCGCCUGUAUCUCUAACCGUCUGCACUACUUUCUCUGCUGGUGUGAGAGGAGGAGACGGAGAGAAGGGGGCGGAGUCUCCCCUCUGUGACGGUCUCUAAACUGUUCUUCCAAACCCACGAAAGCCUUCAAAUCAAAAAAGAGGAAAAAAAUCGACGCCACUAACACUCCUGACGCUUUGACUCUGUACAGCUGCGAAAACUCCAGAUUUAUGGUAUUUAUUUGAAACACUAGUGAGUUUGAUUUUCCCUGAAACUGUGGAAGAAGAAGAAGAAGAAGAAGAAGAGGGCGGAUAUCUCGGCACACUACAUGACCAAGACUCUGGACGUCUCUGAGCCUUUUGGUGGGACUGCUGUCGGACUGCUGCUACUCAAGCUGCCUCCACUAGGGGGAAACGUUUGCACGGCGGCGGCUGCAGGAGGACCGGCGGCCUGGUGCCUGCUGGUCCUUUUGUGCUGCUCGGAGAGGAGAGAAAGUCUGUUUGGGACUUUGUUUGUUUAGUUUUUUUCUGGGUCAGUCUCAGCUGAUCCUGGUUCUCUUUUCUGUUGUUCUCAUUUGUUUGAUUUUUGAUCGUUUGUUUACGUCUUGAUGUCGAGAUUUGGGAUUCAGCGCUCAGUUUGAGAUGCUCUCACUCUGUCAGGUCUGAUAACCUCGUUGUUUAGAUGUAGCCUCUCUCAGCAUUGUUACACCUUCCUAAUAAUUCACUGUGUUCAACUUUAGCCUCUCAACACUCUCAGAUCUUUAAAUCUACUGUAAACCCUCCAAACACCCGAGCUGAAGAAGUUCUUACCCUCCAACAGUCGGAGGUCCGCUCUCUCACUUUGGUGGACCUCUGUCAGUGCAAUAAUCGAAAACUACUGCUACACACUUCACUUUAGACCCCCGUAUUAGACGUCCAGUUUGGUUUUUAUGUACGAGGGACCACUUUGGGUGGAGUUUGGAGCUUCACACGCUUAAAGGAGACCUGCUUUACUCAGUUUGACCUUUCUUUCAGUCUGGGACACCUGGAGAGCAGCUCAGCGUGAUUUUCAGCUGAAGAACUCCUGAUUUAUGGCAAACCGGCGUUUGUGAUGCCCCCCCCCCCAUUUUGUAGAAAAUGCCAAAUGCAUCUUCCAGCUUGUGGUUCUGGAUCUUCAUGGAGGUCUUUCUAGUUCAGCUCCGUGUUAAAGUAACAGCUGAGACUCAGAUCAUCAGAGGAGUCAUCAGUCGCCACUUUCUGAUGCCUUUGUCCAACAUUUGAACAUCAUCAGACUCCAGAUCAGUGAUCGUAGGUCUCCUUAAAGUGAUCAAUAUCAGUCUGACAAUAGGUUAAAUAUAUUUGUUCAGCUCCCUCUCACCCACACAAAUCCUCGUCCUCUUCCGUGUCACGUUCGUCUUUUACAAGAGACUCUUUCCUCGUUCGUUUGACUCGAAGCCUGUCUACAGUUUUACACACAGUGCCUCUCAUGAGCGAUCGACCUCCAUGAACUUUCCCCGCUUUAGAAUAAAGAAAAUAAAGGUUAUUUUUAUUAUUCCUAGAAAGCUGCGCAGAAAUAAAUCAGAUGCUCUUGAUGUGGCGAUCAUAGUUUCACAUUAAUCAUGAAAAUUUUAGAUGUUUUUAGAGCGUUCAGCAGAAAUGUCCCGAUCAUGAUCUCGACCGUAUUAUUGAAGCAGAUCUAGAUGUUUUCUAAAUCACUGAGGAUCUGCAGUUCCUGAACUCUGGUUGUUUAGAUCAGCUGUUGCAAAUGCAGACUAAAUUAUCUGAACCUACAAAGACAAAAACACGAAAACAGCUCCUUAAUAUUCAUGCAGUAUGAUUGUUUCUGCAAGUAAAGCUGCAUUCACUACAACCGAUGAGAUACGACAUCUGAAAACUGAUCAUGUAACUGAUUUUAAAGCAGCAGCAGAGGAAAGACUUCUGCAAAAUGAAGGAUGUACGUCUAGGAGAGAGAGUGAACGAGCUGAGAGGAUCACGGUGAAGGAAAACUGGUCCGUCGCCGAGCUAGAGCGACGUCUUUUAGAUCGUUCUGCAUCAGAGAAACCACCUUAACGAGGCGGUACAGCAAAGUUUGUGGUGAUGUCCAAGGUGAUUGGAUGAAAUUCUCUGUUAGUUAAUUAAGUUAAUUAAUGCAGCUUCGUUCUUUUGGCACCUACAGGAAUCAGUUCAGGACUUUGUAUCUCAACAGGAGAUAAACUGGGCAGACUGGGACAUUCCCAUCAUACUGUAUAUCCAAAACUCCAUCUUUCUGCGCAGCUUUAAAAAGACACUACAUGAGGGAUUUAAAGGGGGUGAAAACUCCAGCCAGGCACCGAUGAUUUAGCCUCUUUAAACAUCAUCUUCAGGUGUUUUAAUGAGAUAUUUAUGGAUGAAGUUCUUCAUAAAACCCUAACAGAAAAUAUCUGCACUACUCCUUUAAUACUUCCUGAUCCAGUGACGAGCUUCAGAUGGAAACACGCAGACGUAAAACUGAAACACGGUUCCUGAGCUGAGACGAAGACGACACUAUGAGCCGCCCUGUUAGAGUCAAAGAUGAUCACCUCUGACACUUUGGACCAAAAACUGUUCUCAGAUCUGAGGAGACGUAUCUCAGCUGCUCAGAGGACCACUGUGGAGAACGUGCACUAACUAACCUUCACUUAGAUGAUUGACAGAGAAGGGCGCACCACUGUGACGAUGACGACAAAGAUCCUUAACGUUAAUCUCCGAUUUUCUUCUCUCUCCGCUCUGAAAGCCUCAUUCCUCUCGUACUAACGCGUACUGUUUGACACCUGUGGUUCAGGUGCUCCUCUGGUCAUGAAAAGGUGAUUUUAUAUUUUAUACCUCUUCAUUUUUAUACCUCUGACAUGUCUUGAAAUCUCUGAAUGUGUUCCGCUCUGAGGAGAUUCUUCAUGAUCUCUGUUUCAGAGCUGAAUGUCGGUUUAACUCCUCGACUUUUUCUAAGUGGCUUCAUGUUUGACGGCUGUUUCUGCAGCUCAAAGGGCAGUUCACCUGUUAACCUGAGAUUUUAUACGCUAACUAAGCUGACGCUGUCGUCGUCCUUUUUUUAUGUCGUGGCAUUUCAUUUGAGUUCAGCCUGCCGUCUUCUGCUCCUUCUGAGUCCAGCUUCUUAGUUUAGAUUCAGGUCUUCGUAGAUUCUGGGACUCACUGGAACUAAAAGGAUGUUGUUUUUGUAAAAGUUAAGCUCUAAUAGAAGUCAUCAGUGUUCUCUAAACAGUCAAAUGUCUCUGCGUGUUUUUCGGAGCUCUGCCUCUUUUAGUUUGACGGGGAGAGUAACCUCUGCAGAAAUCAUCCGUCUCAUUUUUUUAUUUUUCCCAAAGGGCCGCCUGUAAUACAGAUAUAUAUAAAAACUGUGUAUAUAUAUCUUUACUUCUCUCCCUCAGCUCUUUGAAAAAUAAACUCUGUGUAAUCAAAA